UGAUUAGUAAACUAGGCCACAGGCACAUGUUGACGCUGCUGCCGCUUAUCUUUAAAUUCUUAUUAAUUUUUUCUGCGUGUACAGAGUAAAAGUUGGGUCUGAACUUGUCACCUGUGGAGGACGUUCGUGAUGAACCCUGUUUUUGUUUUGCUGCUGCAGCUGCUGCUAACUGUUAGCUUCAGGUUAGCCGUAGCCGCACCUGCUAACUAGCAUGCUAACUCAACAGGCUAACACCGUCAGUUAGCCGCUAACGCUCCUCAGGCCCAGAAGAUGGAGUCGCGCCGUCCUGCUGCUGCUGUUGUUGUUGUUGUUGUUGUUACCACUUCUUCCUAAAGGAGUCGCAAAGAUGACAUCUGCUUCACUACAACAAGAUUGUUCAAGCUCACAAUUCUCCGGAGCCUCUGUCAGCGUUGGCUGAACAUGUCCAGCACGACGACGGGGAGGCAGAACAAACUUAUGUCCAAUGAGCUGCCAUUUUGAAGGGACGACUGGAAGAAACGCGUCCAAGUGAAGAUACUAUCUGCGUGUCGGCUGGUGAGCGUGGAGGAAACGUUUAAAGCGACACUGCGGCAGACGUUGUUGAGUUAAAGUGCCACAUCGAGCUCCCCUCGGCGAAAAGCAGAACUUGCCCCGACCUACCUUCUUUUUCCUGGGAUCGUGACGAGGACUCCGGGGGGGAACCCACAGCGUGCUGCCAGCAUCUGCCUGGCCGCCCGGCAUCGCCGCGAUGAACGAGAGUCGAAGGGAAGCGCUGGCGGCGCCCGAGCCCACCACCGCCUCCUCCUCCACGGCGGGCUCCAACACCACCAACAUGACCGGCCCGGGCACCGGCGAGAAGGACGAGGCCUUCUCCAAGCUGAAGGACAAGUUCAUGAACGAGCUGAACAAAAUCCCUCUGCCGUCAUGGGCCAUCGUCUCCAUCGCCUUCGUGGCGAUCAUCCUGGUGCUAGCGUGCUGCUUCUGCGUCUGCAAAAAAUGCAUAUUCAAGAAGAAAAACAAAAAGAAGGGCAAAGACAAGGGCAAAAAUGCCAUCAACAUGAUGGACGUCAAGGACGGAGGCAAAACCGAGGCCUUGAAGGAUGAGGAGGAUGCGGAGACAGGGCUGACCGAAACGGAGAAAGAGGCCACGCCCAAGGAGGAAGAGAAACUGGGCAAAUUACAAUACUCGCUGGAUUACAAUUUCACGGAGAACGCGCUCAUGGUGGGAAUCAUCCAGGCGGCGGAGUUGCCCGCUAUGGACAUGGGCGGUACGUCCGACCCGUACGUGAAGGUGUACCUGCUGCCCGACAAGAAGAAGAAGUUCGAGACCAAGGUCCACAGGAAGACGCUCAAUCCUGUCUUCAAUGAGCAGUUCACCUUCAAGGUUCCCUACGUAGAGCUCGGAGGGAAAACGCUGGUGAUGACGGUGUACGACUUUGAUCGCUUCUCCAAACACGACGCCAUCGGCGACAUCAAGGUGCCCAUGAACAAGGUGGACUUCAGCCACGUCACAGAGGAGUGGCGGGACAUACAGAGUGCCGAGAAGGAGGAGCAAGAGAAACUGGGUGAUAUCUGCUUCUCCCUGCGAUACGUUCCCACUGCUGGCAAGCUGACCGUGGUCGUCCUCGAGGCCAAAAACCUGAAGAAAAUGGACGUGGGAGGCUUGUCAGAUCCAUAUGUGAAGAUCCACCUGAUGCAGAACGGCAAGAGGCUGAAGAAGAAGAAGACGACAAUCAAGAAGAACACCCUCAACCCGUACUACAACGAGUCGUUUAGCUUUGAAGUCCCAUUCGAACAAAUCCAGAAAGUGCAAGUCGUUAUAACGGUUCUGGACUAUGACAAGAUCGGCAAGAACGACGCCAUCGGGAAGGUGUUCGUGGGCCUCAACAGCUCGGGCACGGAGCUGCGCCACUGGUCCGACAUGCUGGCCAACCCCCGGAGACCCAUCGCCCAGUGGCACGUGCUGAAGCCCGAGGAGGAGGUGGACGCUCAGCUCUCCACCAAGAAAUAAGACGGGGGCACCUUUCAGCACCUGCCUUGUAGUAUCUCUAGCCACUGCGUGUAAAUACCUCAGUGAUAUAUGGGUCCAUCCAUGUAAACCCCCCCCCUCCCCCCUCCGUCUUAAACACACUCGAUCCUAACUGGUGAAACUCCCCGUGACAUCAUAUCCGCCGCUUUUUUCUAUCAGGUUCCCACUUUGACUCGCUUUUCAAUUCAUUUCUGACUUUAUUUAAAAUUUGUUCCAUUCAGAUUUCGCAGUUUUCCAUCACGAAACCCUGAAAUGCCCCCCGACCAAAUGCCCCCCCCUCCUUCUUUUAAGCAAUAUGAUCUGUAUAGAUAGCGCAUGACUGAAAGAGUUUUACUGUACCACAGUUGUAUAUAUAUAAGUAUGCAGACAAAAAUGAUUUCUAGUUUAUGUGUUUGUAUGUUGUUACCCGUUUCCUAAUCUGUGUAUAUCUCGAUGUUUUUAAUAAGAUGUUCUAUUUUAAAUUAUGUACAUGCAGAUAUAGAGGGAAAGCCAAUAUUAUUAUAAUCACAGGAUUUAAGAGAAAAUGCUACCUUAUUACCUUACUGCAUUCCAGAUAUGAAAAAAAAUAUGAAAAAUGAAUUCCAACCUACAAAGACGCGAGUGGGAAAUAAAUUCACGUUGUACGACGGAAAAGACAAACAGAUAUAUAUAUAUAUAUACAUAUACAUAUACAUAUAUAUAUACGCAAAACUCCAAAAUACAAGGCCGUUAACUGCUAUGGUUCUGUGGGACAAAAAAAAUUAUAAUUAUGCUGCUGGAAAUAAUACAAGCACAUGAUUUCUUAUGACUUUUUGUACUUGUGUCUCAAUCAGAGGACGUACACGUUCAGUUCGGUGCGCACUGUUACCGGGCGAAACCAGUCGGCGUUUCGUUUCUCCAUGUUUGGCAGUUUCCUCGUUGUCAAAAGGCCCGCGGUUGUUUUUUCUUCUUCUGUAUGUUCCGAGAAAUGUUUGGCCUAAAAGGAAAAAACCCAGAUGAAUUCCGUGACCCCUUCAGAAACAGGCCCCCGUGUGAGGAACAAGCACCAAGCUGUAGCCAUCGUGUCCUUAAGCUCAUUUAACAAUGUUCUUUUGUCAACUGCUCUUUCUCUAAACGGCCUCGUGGUCGUCGGAGGAUCGAUCGCAUUUAGGCUCAAAACAAAAAAGGAAAAAUGAAGACAAAAAAAAAAACAGGAGUCGUCGUGACUCUGGUUUGAAGAGGACUAUUUUUUAAGAGCAAUUCAACGUCUUGACGUCUUUUAGUAAACUGCAUGAUUUUUUUUACAAACUUUACUAAAAGGCUGGGACGGGAGGGGGGAGGGGGGAGGGACGCUCUUCUGAUACCAUCCCCUUGCCUUCAAUCAGAGGAGACGAGAGAGGAGAAGGAAUGAAUCGCUCCCGACUUCGGGGUCAAGUGUAAUAUUGACGUUGAGGGCGAAGCGACUUUCUAAACACUGCCACUUCCCAGGGAGGUCGACUCCACGUGCGGCUCCUCUCUCCGUGCACACUCCCACUCCGCCGGUGGUCGUAGCUUUUCCUUUUGGGGUUCGUCGGGAUCCAAUGCCUCCGGCCGCACCGGUGCCCUCAAACCGCAGUCUUUGCUUUUGCGUUGCCUUGGUCCCAGAGUGACGCGAGAGCGGAGCCACGUUUCACUGCCAGUUCGACCUUUUUCACGUGGCUGCUGUCUUUUGCAAUGGACGUCUCCGAACUAGCCCGUCGACUUCUUCUUAAGAAGCGAUCGUCGGCCGGCUUCCUUUUCCCGCGGGAAACAGGAGGGCGGGAAAUCCUGCCGCUGCUCCCACCAGCUUGAUUUGAAUAAAAGAAAAAGGGAAUAAAGCGACGGCGACAAAUCACGAAUUUAGCCGACAGCAGUUUCAUCCGUUCAGUUUUCCUCGUUGGCGCAGGACUACAGAGUAGUCAUCCAAGUGAAUGGUCUGGGUACAGUAGGCGGUCGGGCCACAUCGUGUCCGCUUUAGGGAAAGAAGUUUUGAAUCCACGAAGUCUCUUUUAUCUCGGAGGAACCUCUUGCGUAUACUCGAUGCUCUAUAGCUUCAGGAGGACUUUCUAAAUGUGUUUCAAUGUGUGUCGUGUAGUUGAGUAUUGAUGAAAAAGCUACGUGUACAUUCCAUAGGAGUCUCUCCCUCCGUGGAGGACUGCUUCGUGUAUCACUGUGACUGCCGUGUGUGCUUAGACAUGUAGACUUUUAUCGGUAGGUAGCGGGAAGAAAAACCCCCAGUUCGUUCUGUAGUGAUGUCGUAGCGUUUUUAAAAAUGCCAUUUAUCCUUCUACACGCAGAGAGAACGAGAGAGGAAGGGCGGGAGGACGUGUCAUCGAGCAGGUCGCGUCACGCAGCUUUUCGUUGAGCACUGUGCAAUAUUUCUAUGUUUGAACGUGGGGGAAAGAAAAGAAAAACAGAUUCUAUAACGCUAGAGGAUGAUUCCAGUCCAGAGAGAAGUUUCCUCCGUUAGCACACACGUAGAUUCAGCUCGACGCCUGUUGACCUCUUGUUUUUCUUCGGGUUCCCUUCCCCCUUUUCUCCUCUCGCACAACGAGCUCCAGCAUCAGACGCUUCAGGGAGAAUCAGUUCAAACACCAAAAAAAAAACACAUGCUACAUCUGAAUAUCCCCGGGAAAUAUGCCCAUGUAUAUAUUUACAUAACUGUCCCCAAAAAAUGUAUAUCUAGAUUAAUGAAUAGGAUUUAUUCAGCCUCUAUACAAAUAUCUUAUCAGUCACACUAAAUGUCUACGCCAUCGUUUUCUUUUUUUUCAUCAUGGAUUUGUUUUUUUGUUUUUUGAUUUGCCCUGUUGAUUAAGAAGAAAAAAACUCCUUUUUAUAUUUGAGAUGAAAACUCUGAAUGUACAGUUCGGACUGUGUUCGCUGUCGUUUACUUUAAACCGUGAGAUUAGAUGUACUUUGCACUUUUUGUUGUAAAAAAAAAAACAAAACUAAGUCAUUUUGUUUAUAUUUCUUCAAAUCUUUAUGACAUUUAUUUAAAAAAAGCCUUUUUUGGGGGUGAAACCUCGUCCCAGGUCUGAAAGCAUUGGAAAAAAAACACUCAAUAUACUUAUAUUACAGCUGCACAUUCCCUGUUCCUCCUCAACAGAGGGAAUCUUUUCAUUUGACAUGUUUCACAUGUUAGACUCAUUAAUUCCAGUAGAGCUUCAGAUCUGAAUUUUAAAAAAAAAAAAAAUAUAUAUAUAUAUAUAUAUAUAUUAAAGUACAAGGUAAAAAAAAAAAAAAAUGGCCGGAGCAAUUCAACAUGAAUAAAUAUAAUGCAAGAACACGGUGGUGCUGAUGGGAUUAUCCAAUCAGAGAACAGGAUUGUGACAUGAAGUCAACGUGUAUCAGGGAAAUUCAGUAGCGGGCAGCAUUGCAGAGAAACCCAUCCGACUGGGGGGCGCGUGGGAACGAAAAACCACAAAGACAAAAAAAGCCAUGACCUGCACCAAAGUAAACGCGUGCAUAAUCAAAACCUCCCCAAAUUCUACUCUUGUAAAAAAAAGCCCUUAUCGAGCUCUCUGUGUGACGACCGCGUCAACAUUCUCUCCAGCCACAAGGGACCUUUUCAAAAAAGACUAAGCUGUGUAAAGUAUUAGAAUCUGAUGCUGUAGAAAGAUCCUAGUUGCCUUCGUGUAUAUCAACUGCCUGCUUGAGUAUUUUUGUGUGUGGAACUUUUCUCUCUGUGAUCUCGUAGAAACUGUUUGGGGUUGUUCUCUUUCCUGCCAUAUCGCUUCGCAAGCGACUCAGCGAAGCCGCCAACGGUUAUAUUUGCUGUGUAUACCUUUCAUUUUCUUUUCUUUUUUGACGAGGUGUUUUACAGUUUUGUUUCACUUUGUGUAGUGAUUCACGCUGUGGAGUUUUUCUGACUGUUGUUAUAUAACUUCAUAUACACAAAUGAUCAAUAAAAAAAAAUGUUUUA